AUGGGGGAUACCAGUGACUCUACGGCGGCUCAGCCAGAGCUCGUCGAUGGCAUGGCCCACGAGAACCCGCCGAACACCAUCAACACGAGUUACCAGUCACCAGCAACGAGACUACAGCAUCUCUCACUCUCGGCUCAGACUAUCCACGCAGAUGACUACUUGAACUCCCACCAGGCUGUCGCGCCCCCCAUGCAUGUCUCGACAACCUUCCGCUAUAAUAGAAACCCUGACGAUUUGAAGCAGUUCUCAAACAACAAUCCCGCCAACCCCUACGACUCACACGUGUACUCCCGCAUGACAGCACCCAACACCACGCGCCUGGAGGCCAUCCUGACCUCCAUAUUGCAUGGUCCGUCUCUUACUUACAGUUCCGGGCUGUCGGCCUUCCACGCGCUGCUGGUGCGCAUCAACCCUAAGCGCAUUGCUAUAGGCGGAGGGUAUCACGGUUGCCACGGAGUCAUCAGGUUGCUUUCACGACUUACAGGGCUCCAGAUGGUGGAUCUGGACUGCAUAGACUCGGAGCUUGGUCGUGGAGAUGUCAUACACGUCGAGACACCGCUGAACCCUACGGGCGAGGCGCGGAAUCUUGAGUUCUAUGCCGAGAAGGCCAAGAGGAUCGGUGCCUAUCUGACAGUUGAUGCCACAUUUGCGCCGCCUCCGCUACUGGACCCGUUCUUGUGGGGAGCGGAUGCUGUGAUGCAUUCCGGCACCAAAUACUUUGGAGGGCAUAGUGAUAUGCUGUGUGGUGUAGUCACAGUGGCUCCGCGGCAUAGCGACUGGAUCAAGCCAUUGACAGAAGAGAGGCUGGUUCUUGGUGCCGUACUCGGGAGUAUGGAGGGUUGGUUGGGAAUCAGGAGCUUGCGAACACUGGAGAUUAGAGUGAAGAAGCAAAGCCACGAUUCGGAGAAACUGGUGCAGUGGCUAGUCUCUGAGCUGAAGAAGGAAGGAAGCCCGGUCAACCAGGUGUUGAAAGAAGUCAAGCAUGCGAGUCUGCAAGCGGAUGACCUAGAUGGUAAGGAUUCUUGGUUGAAAAAGCAGAUGCCAAACGGAUUCGGACCAGUAUUCUCGCUCUGCGCGAAGGACGAGACUGAUGCAAAGAGGCUUCCGAGUAAACUACACCUAUUUCACCACGCGACGAGCCUAGGUGGCGUGGAAAGCCUGAUCGAGUGGAGGUCCAUGUCGGAUGCGAGCUGUGAGAAGACCUUGCUUCGGGUUAGUGUCGGCAUCGAGGGAUGGGAAGAUUUGAGAGAUGAUUUAGAGCAAGCUUUCAAGGCUUUGAUCCAGGAGAAGACAGCUACUUAA